UCAGCAUCCUCUCCGCUCUCUUACCGGCAGCGGGAAACCUCUUCCUCCUCCUCAUCCUCCUCUUCCUCUUCUUCAGCGCGAUCCGUCGGUACCGGCGUCCGCGGCGCGAUGCGCGAUGGGUCAGGCGUGCGGACACUCGCUGCUCUGCCGUAGCCAGCAGUACCGGACCCCGGUGACGGCCGAACUACGCGGACAGCAAGUGUUUCUGAGAGCAGACGACACACCUGCCCUGCCCUCCCUACAGGAUGCAUUGCUGCAGUUGGCCUCCGUUGUUGAUGUCAGCAGCCUUCAGACGACCAUCAAAGAUGUGCUCAGAGUUGUCCUGCCAGACGUGGAGUGUGUGUUCGUGUACCUGUUGGAGGCGGAGUCUCGGCUGCGAUGUGAGGAUCCGCCCCAUGAGGUGCCACCAGAGGGCAAGCUCAGAGACGCAGUGAAGCAGCAGAAGAGACUGCAGUGCUCCGGCCUGCCAUCAGCAGAACUACACCAGAACCAGAGCGGCUCACUGAGCACACCGCUGCCGGCACACAGACAAGCGCUCGUGAUUCCUCUGGUGGACGGUGACGAAGGGAAGGUGAUCGCUCUGAUUCUGGUCUGCUGUAAACCACUGACAGAACAAGAUGAACAAAACCUCACCAUCCUGGAGAAACAUCUCACUGUGGCCUGUAAGCGAGUCAGAGACAUUCAGAGAUGCUCCAAACGGCCACACACUCAAUCCCACAAUGCACCAGUGGAGCCCAAAGCCAACGCACAGGCAGAUGACUACAGAGAGCUCGACCGCAAGAUCCUACGGCUGUGUGGUGAGCUGUAUGAUCUGGACGCCGCCUCCCUGCAGCUCAAAGUCAUCAACUAUAUUCAGUGUUUACUGAAGCAAAUAGACGCACAUCACACUCACAAGAUCCAGCUGAAACAUGCCAAAGAACUGUGUUUCAGUGUGUGUCUGUGGAGUGUGUUACUGGCGGUCGGAGAGGAGGCUGGAUAUGACAACAUUUCUUCAGACUCCAGGAUGGAUAAAGCGGUGGUGGUUUUUGUUAAAGAGGAGAAGCUAGUGAACCGCCUGAUAACCAACAGGAUUUUGGUAGGUGGCGAAUUUGUUAUUGUUUCAUCACUUGUUACGCCAAAAGUCUGUAUUUCGAAUGUCCCCCCCUUCAUUGAAAAUGAUGAUAUUGAGCGUGCAUUAGUUCAGUGGUAACUGUGCUAGUGCGAUCAAAACCAUCCCAUUAGGAUGCAAGAAUGAAGCACUAAAACAUGUGAUGUCUUUUAGGAGACAAGUGUUCAUGUUCCUGAAUGUGCCGGAGUUAGAUGUGGCUUUCAGAGUUGUGCAUGAAGGAAAAUCAUAUAUGUUUUAUGUUAAUACAGGAAGCUUGAAGUGUCAUCAGUGCGGUGAAAUGGGCCACAGGAAGUUGACAUGUCCGCACAGAGCGCAGGUUAAUGAGGAGGCGGCUGGGUCUAGAGGAGUAACUGCUGCUAAUGUAAAAACACAACAACACAGCCUCAGCCUGACGAGGAGAGUAUCGCUCCGAAUGAUGAAUCUCGUGAAAGUGUAGACCGAAUUCAGAAUGAAGGAGAAGAAGAGGAGAAUGUGGCACAAGAGCAUGAGGUCUUGGAACAAAGAACAGAUACAGUACUAGAGGAAGCUAGUGGAAGUGAUUAUUGAAAAUAACGGAAGCUUAAAUGAUGUUGAAAAAGGUGAGGAUAGUGAAAUGAGGGAAGAUGAUACACUGUCUGAGGUGUCGGAAUUAAAGUAGAGUUUGAAGGAAUUAUGUUUGUUUUAAUUAAUGUAUAUUCUCCUAAUAAUGGACAUGAGCGUGUGUUUUUUUUAUGGAAUUGAAAAGUUAUUCAGAAAAUUGAUGAUACUUUGUGCAUAAUAACUGGAGGCGAUUGGAAAUGCACAACUAAUUUUAUAAUUGAAAGGAACAGAGAGGAGCCACAUCAGUCAAGCAUUCAACUGUUAAAAAUUAUAAAUGAGUUUGAUUUAAUAGAUUUGUGGAGAAGUAGGAACAUGGGAGUUAGACAAUAUUCAUGGUUAAAGGCAUCAGAUAAUAAGUUAGUGGUGCUCGGUUAGAUUUUAUUUGGGGAAGAUUUGUAAUAAUAAGGUAAUGAAUGUAUCCAUCUUGCCUAAUGGUUUUCAGAUCACCAUAUGAUUAUUUUUAAUUUAAAGAAAGUGGUUAAACCUUGUUAUUUUGGGCAUUUCAAUGUCAAAUUAUUACAAGAUAUCAGUUUCUGUGAAAAGUUUAAGGUUUUCUGGGAUAUGUGGAAACUCAAGAAAGACAGUUUUGAAAAUCUUGGUCAAUGGUGGGAUGUAGGUAAAGCUAACAUCAGAAUAUUUUGUCAGAACUAUACUUCACAUACUACUGUAAUGAUGAAAACAACAGUGGAAAGUUUACAAAGAGUCAUUGUAUCUCUGGAAAAAGACAUGUUAAAUAAUAAGGGAAUGGUAAAUAAUGAAAGGCUAAAAAAAACGGGUCUUUUUUUACAGGAAAAGGUAAAAGGAGCAGUCAUA